UUGGAGCCUGAUCAACCAGAACGGCAGAGCUCAAUGGGAAGUAAAGUCAACAGAAGCAAGAUCACCAUGGCAACUGGACAGAAGUUGAUGAGAGCUGUUAGAGUUUUUGAAUUCGGUGGACCAGAAGUGCUGAAACUCCAGUCGGAUGUUGCAGUUCCGAUUCCAAAAGACUUUCAGGUUCUAAUCAAGGUCCACGCAUGUGGUGUCAACCCCGUGGAGACAUACAUUCGCUCUGGAACUUACAGUAGAAAACCACUCCUGCCCUACACUCCGGGCUCAGAUGUGGCUGGUGUAAUAGAAGCUGUUGGAGAUAACGUCUCUGCUUUCAAGAAAGGUGACAGAGUUUUCACUACCAGCACGAUCUCGGGGGGCUACGCAGAGUAUGCGCUUGCCGCAGAUCACACUGUCUACAAACUGCCCGAAAAACUGGACUUCAGACAAGGAGCUGCUAUUGGAGUCCCGUAUUUUACCGCUUAUCGAGCUCUGAUCCACAGGAUAAGGAAACUAAGGCUCAUUAAAGCUUUACCUGUGUUGCCCCGACAGCAGGCAAAGCCACAUGGAGGUCCUAGUAAGUGUUUGCAGGGAUGCAGAGAAUAUGUUACCACUGGGUUAUAUUUUCUGUUUCAGGUUGGAAUAGCAGCAUGCCAAAUUGCACGAGCUUAUGGCUUAAAGGUUUUGGGCACAGCUGGUACCGAGGAGGGACAAAAGAUUGUUCUACAGAAUGGAGCCCAUGAAGUGUUCAAUCACAGAGAAGUUAAUUAUAUUGAUAAAAUUAAGAAGUUUGUCGGUGAGAAAGGAAUUGAUGUGAUUAUCGAAAUGUUGGCUAAUGUAAAUCUUAGCAAGGAUUUGAAUCUUCUGUCUUAUGGGGGACGAGUAAUGGUUGUUGGCAACAGGGGAACUAUUGAAAUA